AUGCCAUACCUAGGAAAUAGCAGGAAAUACACAACCCAAGACACACCACCUCCACAAUGCCCCGGAACAUCAGACCCUAUCCUCCCAACCCCACCGUCGAAACCGAAUCAUCCUCUUGCCUGUCCCCUCCACCCACAUCUACCACCCCCUCAGCAACCACAACACCCACAAGAACUACCGCAGCAACUACUACAGCAUCUCCCACAGCAACCCCCCCUCCUCAUCCCCAUCAUCCUCCAAUGCACCCUCUACCCCAACAUCUACGUCCUCUUCCGCACGCCCCUCACCCUCGCCCAACUCGCCACCUACCAAGUCAGCCACGACCCAUUCCAAGACGUCGAAAUCGCCCUCUUCCACCCCGAAGACAACAACACCAACACCGUCAUCAUGGCCCAAACCGACGCCGACUUCUGCAAUUUCGGCCCCUACAAGUUCCCCUGCUGUCGGAUGUCGUUGAAUUUUACGACGCAGGUGAUGGAUCCGGAUGGGAAGCGGCUGGAGGGGUUUUUGAUCGGGUUGGCGGAUUGGUUCAGGGUGGUGGGCGUGGAGGUCAAGAUGGUGAGGGGGUAUGGGGGGACGGUGUUUGUGAGGUGGGAUAUGGGGGGGGAAGGCGGUGGAGGUGGUGAGGGCGUUGGCGGGGAGGGGAGGGUGGAGGGUAUGGGAGGUUAG